AUGCCGGAGGAAGAGUUACGGAGGAAGUCUGGUGUAGAAUUUGAACCAGAGGAGAGCCCAGGCAGCAGCAGCAACAGUAGCAGUAGUAGCAGCUACAGCAGUAGUGGGGCGGUAGAUGCCCUACCCCCAGCCCCACUUCCUCCCCAGGCCCCUGCAGGAGAGAAGAGAGAGGACAGCUCCUGCUCUGACUCAGGCAGCUCUGUAGAGUCCAGCGAGGAGGAACCUGCCAUGUUCUCUAACUUUUUAAGUGGUGCGAAUCCCCUCAGCUCCGUCUCUUCUGCUGUCAGAGGAAGUCUGUUUGGGGAUAAUGCGGAGGGGGACAAACAGAAAGCAGGCACUCAGCAGCCUGGGUCAGGCCCUGGCCCUCGGAAGGCCCCGCAGCAGGGACAUAUGAAACAGGACCAGGCACCUCCUAAACAGGGAGGACCCCAGCUCCAGGGGAAUGGCCAGGCUGGUCAAGCAGACAAACCUAGCGGGCAGCAAGCCUCCACUAAGGGUGGACCAAAACAGCAAGCCCCUGCUAAGGGUGGACCACAACAGGAAGCCCCUGAUAAGGGUGGACCUCAACAGCAAGGACCUCAUAAAGGUGGGGCUCAACAGGAAGGACCUGGUAAAGGAAGACUACAACAAGCCCCCCAGCAGCAAGGACCCCCUAAAGCUGGACCACAACAAGAUUCCCCUGUGGUAGGGGCUCAACAGCAAGCCCCUGCUAAGGGUGGACCACAACAACAAUGGUCACCUAAGGUUGGGGCUCAACAACAAGCUCCUAAGUGUGGACCACAACAGCAAGGUUCGCCUAUGUUUGGAGCUCAACAGCAAGCCCCUGCUAAAAGUGGACCCCAACAGCAAGGUUCACAUAAAGUUGGGGCUCAACAUCAAGCUCUUACUAAAGUUGGACCCCAACAACAAGGUUCACCUAAGGUUGGAGCUCAACAGCAAGCCCCUUCUAAGGGUAGACCACAACAGCAAGGGUUCCCUAAGGUUGGAGUUCAGCCACAAGGGUUCCCUAAGAAAGGGACUCAGCAGCAGGGCUCUCCCAGGACUACACCACAGCAGCAGGAUUCUAGUAAACCUGGGACUCAGUCUAAUGCUGGACCUAUGGCUGGAGCUAAACCCCUGUGUCCAGUGUGUAACACUACUGGACUCAACCUGAACACCAAGGAGCCACCCAACCAUAACACCUGCACACAGUGUAAGACUGUCGUCUGCAGCUUGUGUGGCUUCAGUCCUCCUGACUCGGGUGGUAAGGAGUGGCUAUGUCUGACCUGCCAGAUGCAGAGAGCACUCGGAGGCUCUUACCCACCUGGACCCCCUAAGAUGAAGCCCCAGCCUUCACCCAACAAAGCCUCUACAUCUCCUGCACCACAGAACAAAGACACUCCAACACCAGACUCUCCUCAGAGGAAACCUGCUACAUCAGCAACACAGCCACCCAAGACAGAGGUUGCUAAAGCAGCAGACCCUCAGAAACCUGCCAGCUCAGUUCCUGCUCAGAAGACAAUACAGGAGAACCGGAGAACAUCAGGGCUUCAAAAACCACCAGAGCAGCCAGGCCAACCUGGGCUUAAGCAGAGUAAUUCUACCCCAUCCACACAGCAGGAGCCUGGGAAGCCUCAAAGAAGUGGAGCCUCUCCUGCCAAAGCUGUGCCACCAGAGGCCCAGCCCACCAAGCAGGAGUCAGGGGGCUUCUUCGACUUUGGUGGUCCUAAAUCUCAGCCUGCCCCCUCAAAGCCUGAAGAGUCAGUGUCUGGGAAGAUGUUUGGCUUUGGUUCCUCUAUCUUCAGCUCUGCAUCCACUUUGAUCACCUCAGCUGUUCAGGAUGAGCCCCGCUUCACACCGCCAGCUUCCCCCAAGGUGUCUGCAUCGGUCCAGGCCUCUCCCAAGAUGCCCCCUGCAAAGGAGAUCAAACCAGCUGCUGCUCAGAGAGCAGAGGAGAAGAAAGCAGAGCAACCCCAGCAGGCCACGUUUCCCCCAUCAGUACAGGCCAAAGUGGACAAACCCCCAUCAGAGCCUCCAAAGGGAGCAGCAUCCUCCCAACCAGCUCCCAAAGCAGGCCAAUCUACCUGUCCACUCUGCAAGGUGGAACUCAACAAGGGCUCCAAGGACCCUCCCAACUACAACACCUGCACAGAAUGCAAGAACACUGUCUGCAACCUCUGUGGAUUUAACCCCAUGCCACAUGUUACUGAGGUGAAGGAGUGGCUGUGUUUGAACUGCCAGACGAAGAGAAUGGAAUCCCCAGGACCUCCCAUGAUAAAACCCCAACCUUCUCCCAACAACAGUUCUGCACCUCAGAGGACCACUGUCCCACCCAGCACACCCCAAAAGAAAGGCACUCCAACACCAGACUCCCCUCAGAGGAAACCUGCUACAUCAGCAACACAGCCACCCAAGACAGAGGUUGCUAAAGCAGCAGACCCUCAGAAACCUGCCAGCUCAGUUCCUGCUCAGAAGACAAUACAGGAGAACCGGAGAACAUCAGGGCUUCAGAAACCACCAGAGCAGCCAGGCCAACCUGGGCUUAAGCAGAGUAAUGCUUCCCCAUCCACACAGCAGGAGCCUGGGAAGCCUCAGCAACAGCCUCCAAAAAGUGGAGCCUCUCCUGCCAAAGCUGUGCCACCAGAGGCCAAGCCCACCAAAAAGCAGUCAGGGGGUUUCUCCGACUUUGGUGGUGCUAAAUCUCAGCCUGCUCAGUCAAAGCCUGAAGAGCCAGUGUCUGGGAAGAUGUUUGGCUUUGGCUCCUCUAUCUUCAGCUCUGCAUCCACUUUGAUCACCUCAGCUGUUCAGGAUGAGCCCCGCUUCACACCCCCAGCUUCCCCCAAGGUGUCUGCACCGGUCCAGGCCUCUCCCAAGAUGCCCCCUGCAAAGGAGAUCAAACCACCUGCUGCUCAGAGAGCAGAUGAGAAGAAAGCAGAGCAACCCCAGCAGGCCACGUUUCCCCCAUCAGUACAGGCCAAAGUGGACAAACCCCCAUCAGCUCCUCCAAAGAGAGCAGCAUCCUCACAACCAGCACCCAAAGCAGGCCAAUCUACCUGUCCACUCUGCAAGGUGGAACUCAACAAGGGCUCCAAGGACCCUCCCAACUACAACACCUGCACAGAAUGCAAGAACACUGUCUGCAACCUCUGUGGAUUUAACCCCAUGCCAAACGUCUCUGAGGUGAAGGAGUGGCUGUGCCUGAACUGUCAGAUGCAGAGAGCACUAGGAGGAAUGGAAGAUCCAGAACAUCCCAUGAUGAUACCCAAACCUUCACCCAACCAAGUCUCAGCUCCUGCUGCUCCUCGAAAGAAAGACACUCCAACAUCAUCUGGUCCCAAUAAAGUAGCCACUGCACCAGCUUCACCCAAAAAGGAGCCAGUGACUCGAACCUCUCAGCCUGUCCCCUCAAAACCUAAAGACUUUGUGUCUGGGAAGAUGUUUGGCUUUGGCUCCUCCAUCUUUAGCUCUGCAUCCACGUUGAUCACCUCAGCUGUUCAGGAUGAGCCCCGCACCACACCGCCAGCUUCUCCCAAGGUGUCUACAACAGCCCAUGCCUCUCCCAAGCUGCCCCCUGCAAAGGAGAUCAAACCACCUGCUGCUCAGAAAUCAGAGGAAAAGAAAGCAGAGCAAUCACAGCAGGUCAAGGUUCCCUCAUCAGUACAGGCCAAAGUGGACAAACCCCCAUCAGAGCCUCCAAAGGGAGCAGCAUCCUCCCAACCAGCUUCCAAAGCAGGCCAAUCUACCUGUCCACUCUGCAAGGUGGAACUCAACAAGGGCUCCAAGGACCCUCCCAACUACAACACCUGCACAGAAUGCAAGAACACUGUCUGCAACCUCUGUGGAUUUAACCCCAUGACACAUGAAACAGAGGUGAAGGAGUGGCUGUGUCUGAACUGCCAGAUGCAGAGAGCUCUUGGAGGAAUGGAACCCCCUGGAACUCCCAUGAUUAAACACUCAAUCAGCAAAGUCUUGACACCUAUUGCUCCUCAAAAGAAGGACACUCUCACCCCUGCUGGUGUUCCAAAAGUGGCCACUUCACCAACCUCACUGAAAAUGGAGCCAGUGACUCGAGCCUCUCAGCCUGUCCCCUCAAAGCCUGAAGACUCUGUGUCUGGGAAGAUGUUUGGCUUUGGCUCCUCCAUCUUCAGCUCUGCCUCCACGUUGAUCACCUCAGAUGUUCAAGACGAGUCCCGCACCACACCACCAGCUUCCCCCAAGGUGUCUGCAGCAGCCCAGGCCUCUCCCAAGAUGCCCCCUGCAAAGGAGACCAAACCACCUGCUGCUCAGAAAGCAGAGGAGAAGAAAGCAGAGCAACCCCAGCAGGCUAAUGUCCCCCCAUCAGUACAUGCCAAAGUGGACAAACCCCCAUCAGCGCCUCCAAAGGGAGCAGCAUCCUCCCAACCAGCUCCCAAAGCAGGCCAAUCCACCUGUCCACUCUGUAAGGUGGAACUCAACAAGGGCUCCAAGGACCCUCCCAACUACAACACCUGCACAGAAUGCAAGAACACUGUCUGCAACCUCUGUGGAUUUAACCCCAUGCCACAUGUUACUGAGGAGUGGCUGUGUCUGAACUGCCAGAUGCAGAGAGCUCCUGGAGGAACGGAACCCCCAGGACCCCCCAUUACUAAACCGUCUCCCAACAAGGUGUCUGCACCUCAAACGGGCAUUGUCACACCCAGUGCAGCCCAAAAGGAUAUUGCAACAGCUGCUGCAUCUGCGAAGAAAGACAGUCAAACCCCAGGCUCCCCUCAAAGGAAACCAAUUCCCCCUGCAGCUGAAGUGUCAAAAGCUGAAACUGCUAAAGCAGCAGAUACUCAAAAACCAGCCAGCCCUGUGCCUGCUCAGAAGGCUCCACUAGAGAAUCGGAGAACAUCAGAACCACCGAAACCACCACAGCAUCCCAGCCCUGGGCGUAGGCAGAGUAGUGCCUUCCCAACCACACAGCAACCCCCCAAGCAGGAAUCCGGAGGCUUAUUUGGCUUUGGAGGUCCUAAAUCUCAGUCUACCCCUUCAAAACCUGAAGAAUCAGCUUCUCCCAAGGUGUCUGCACCAGCCUCUCCCAAGAUGCCACCUACAAAGGAGACAAAACCACUUGCUGUUCAGGAUGCAGAAAAGAAAGCAGAGCAACCCCAGCAGGCCAAGGUCCCCCCAUCAGUACAGGCCAAAGUGGACAAACCCCAAUCAGAACCUCAAAAGGGAGCAGCAUCCUCCCAACCAGCUCCCAAAGCACACCAGUCCACUUGCCCACUCUGCAAGGUGGAACUCAACAUGGGAUCCAAGGACCCUCCCAACUACAACACCUGCACUGAAUGCAAGAACACUGUUUGCAACGUCUGUGGAUUUAACCCCAUGCCACAUGUUACAGAGUUGAAUGAGUGGCUGUGUCUGAACUGUCAGAUGCAGAGAGCACUAGGAGGAAUGGAAUCUCCUGGACCUCCCAUGAUGAAACCCUCGCCAAGCAGGGUCUCCACAUCUGCUGCUUCUCAAAAAUACACUGUCCGACCUGUUACAACUCGAAAUGAGACUCCCACACCAGCUGGUCAACAAAAAGUGGCUCCUACACCAGCCUCACCCAGAAAAGAGCCAGUGACUUCAGCCUCUCAGCCUGCUCAGUCAAAGCCUGAAGACUCAGUGUCUGGGAAGAUGCUUGGCUUUGGUUCCUCCAUCUUCACCUCUGCAUCUACUUUGAUCACCUCAACUGUUCAGGAUGAGCCCCGCACCACACCGCCAGCUUCCCCCAAGGUGUCUAUGACUCCUGCUUCAGUGAAAGAGACCCCAGCAGCAGGCUCAUCACAGAAGAAGGAGGUAUCCCCGACAGUGGUUUGCCAGCAGGACCAGAAGCCAGUGGACAGACCGACUCCAACACUUGUCCAACAACCUCCACAACAGAAGACUCUACAACAACAAGGACAGCCUCCGCAGCCCUCAGCAGAGGCACCAAAAUCAGAGCAUGAUAUAUCAAUAGUUGAAGCUGCUACAGCAGCAGACACUCAAAAUCCGGCAAGCCCAGUGCCUGCUCAGAAGGCUUCACUGGAGAACCGGAGAACAUCAGAACCUCAUAAACCACCACAGCAGCGCAGCCCUGGGCGUAGGGAGAGUAGUGCCUUCCCAGCCAAAAAGCAACCCCCCAAGCAGGAAUCAGGAGGCUUAUUUGGCUUUGGAGGUCCCAAAUCUCAGUCUGCCUCCUCAAAGCCUGAAGAGUCAGUGUCGGGGAAGAUGUUUGGCUUUGGCUCGUCCAUCUUCAGCUCUGCCUCCACUUUGAUAACAUCAGUUGUUCAGGACGAGGCCCGCACCACACCGCCAGCUUCCCCCAAGAUGUCUGCACUGGCCCAUACCUCCCCCAAGAUGCCCCCUGCAAAGGAGACCAGACUACCAGCAACUCAGAAAGCAGAGGAGAAGAAAGCAGCACAUCCCCAGAAGGCCAAUGUCCCCCCAUCAGUACAUGCCAACGUGGACAAACCCCCAUCAGCUCCUCCAAAGAGAGCAGCAUCCUCACAACCAGCACCCAAAGCAGGCCAAUCUACCUGUCCACUCUGCAAGGUGGAACUCAACAAGGGCUCCAAGGACCCUCCCAACUACAACACCUGCACAGAAUGCAAGAACACUGUCUGCAACCUCUGUGGAUUUAACCCCAUGCCACAUGAAACAGUGAAGGAAUGGCUCUGUCUGACCUGCCAGAUGCAGAGAGCACUUGGAGCAGUGGAACCCCCAGGACCUCCCAUGAUGAAAUCCCAACCGUUGCCCAGCAUAGUCUCUACACCUGUUGCACUUCAAAAGGAGAAUGUCACACCUGCUGCAUCUCCAAAGCCGACUCCAGCUCCAGCUAAACCCCAGAAGGAGGAGAUCCCAGUACCUGCGGCUGGCCAACAAGAGAUCACCCCACCCACUGUACCUCAGGAGACACCAAUUCCCGCUGGAACCCCAGCACCAAAUGCAGACAAAAAGGAGGAGACCCCACCACUAGGAUCCUCACAACAUAAACAAGCUUCACCUGCUCUGGCUGAGAAGGAGAAUCAAGAACCUAUAAUUGUACAGAAACCAGUGGACCAACCAAUUCCAGCAACACCCAAAACCAGUGGAGCUGCUACACCUGUACAGCAGCCAGAAAAGCAAACUCCUCCACUGCAACAGCCUGCUUCAAAGGCAUCACAACAAGUACAGCCCCAGCAAGCUCCAAAGCCAGACCUCGAAACUGCUCCCCUAAAGGAGCCAAUGACUCCUGCUUCAGAGAAAGAGAAGAAGAACCCAGCACCAGGGUCACCACAGAAGGAAUUAUCUCCAGCAGUGGCUUCACAGCAGGACAAAACGCCAGUGGACAAAUCAACUCCAACCCCUGUCCAACAUCCUCCACACCAAGAGACUCCACAACAACAAGAGCAACAACGUCAGCCUCUAACAGCGACACCGAAAGGAGAGCCUGGGAAGCCUCAACAACAGCUUCCAAAAGGUGGAGCCUCUUAUGCAAAAUCUGUACCACCACCACAGGCCCAGCCCCUCAAGCAGGAGUCAGGAGGCUUCUUUGGCUUUGGUGGUGCUAAAUCUCAGCCUGCUCAGUCAAAGCCUGAAGACUCAGUGUCUGGGAAGAUGCUUGGCUUUGGCUCCUCUAUCUUCAGCUCUGCAUCCACUUUGAUCACCUCAGCUGUUCAGGAUGAGCACCGCACCACACCUCCAGCUUCCCCCAAGGUGUCUAUGACUCCUGCUUCAGUGAAAGAGACCCCAGCAGCAGGCUCGUCACAGAAGAAGGAGGUAUCCCCGACAGUGGUUUGCCAGCAGGACCAGAAGCCAGUGGACAGACCGACUCCAACACUUGUCCAACAACCUCCACAACAGAAGACUCUACAACAACAAGGACAGCCUCCGCAGCCCUUAGCAGAGGCACCAAAAUCAGAGCAUGAUAUAUCAAUAGUUGAAGCUGCUACAGCAGCAGACACUCAAAAUCCGGCAAACCCAGUGCCUGCUCAGAAGGCUCCACUGGAGAACCGGAGGACAUCAGAACCUCAUAAACCACCACAGCAGCCCAGCCCUGGGCGUAGGGAGAGUAGUGCCUUCCCAGCCACAAAGCAAACCCCCAAGCAGGAAUCAGGAGGCUUAUUUGGCUUUGGAGGUCCCAAAUCUCAGUCUGCCUCCUCAAAGCCUGAAGAGUCAGUGUCUGGGAAGAUGUUUGGCUUUGGCUCGUCCAUCUUCAGCUCUGCCUCCACUUUGAUAACAUCAGUUGUUCAGGACGAGCCCCGGACCACACCGCCAGCUUCCCCCAAGAUGUCUGCACUGGCCCAGACCUCCCCCAAGAUGCCCCCUGCAAAGGAGACCAAACUACCUGCUGCUCAGAAAGCAGAGGAGAAGAAAGCAGCGCAUCCCCAGAAGGCCAAUGUCCCCCUAUCAGUACAUGCCAAAGUGGACAAACCCCCAUCAGCUCCUCCAAAGGGAGCAGCAUCCUCACAACCAGCACCCAAAGCAGGCCAAUCUACCUGUCCACUCUGCAAGGUGGAACUCAACAAGGGCUCCAAGGACCCUCCCAACUACAACACCUGCACAGAAUGCAAGAACACUGUCUGCAACCUCUGUGGAUUUAACCCCAUGCCACAUGAAACAGUGAAGGAAUGGCUCUGUCUGACCUGCCAGAUGCAGAGAGCACUUGGAGCAGUGGAACCCCCAGGACCUCCCAUGAUGAAAUCCCAACCGUUGCCCAGCAUAGUCUCUACACCUGUUGCACUUCAAAAGGAGAAUGUCACACCUGCUGCAUCUCCAAAGCCGACUCCAGCUCCAGCUAAACCCCAGAAGGAGGAGAUCCCAGUACCUGCGGCUGGCCAACAAGAGAUCACUCCACCCACUGUACCUCAGGAGACAGCAAUUCCCGCUGGAACCCCAGCACCAAAUGCAGACAAAAAGGAGGAGACACCACCACUAGGAUCCUCACAACAUAAACAAGCUUCACCUGCUCUGGCUGAGAAGGAGAAUCAAGAACCUAUAAUUGUACAGAAACCAGUGGACCAACCAAUUCCAGCAACACCCAAAACCAGUGGAGCUGCUAUACCUGUACAGCAGCCAGAAAAGCAAACUCCUCCACUGCAACAGCCUGCUUCAAAGGCAUCACAACAAGUACAGCCCCAGCAAGCUCUAAAGCCAGACCUCGAAACUGCUCCCCUAAAGGAGCCAAUGACUCCUGCUUCAGAGAAAGAGAAGAAGAACCCAGCACCAGGGUCACCACAGAAGGAAUUAUCUCCAGCAGUGGCUUCACAGCAGGACAAAACGCCAGUGGACAAAUCAACUCCAACCCCUGUCCAACAUCCUCCACACCAAGAGACUCCACAACAACAAGAGCAACAACGUCAGCCUCUAACAGCGACACCGAAAGGAGAGCCUGGGAAGCCUCAACAACAGCUUCCAAAAGGUGGAGCCUCUUAUGCAAAAUCUGUACCACCACCACAGGCCCAGCCCUUCAAGCAGGAGUCAGGAGGCUUCUUUGGCUUUGGUGGUGCUAAAUCUCAGCCUGCUCAGUCAAAGCCUGAAGACUCAGUGUCUGGGAAGAUGCUUGGCUUUGGCUCCUCUAUCUUCAGCUCUGCAUCCACUUUGAUCACCUCAGCUGUUCAGGAUGAGCACCGCACCACACCUCCAGCUUCCCCCAAGGUGUCUAUGACUCCUGCUUCAGUGAAAGAGACCCCAGCAGCAGGCUCGUCACAGAAGAAGGAGGUAUCCCCGACAGUGGUUUGCCAGCAGGACCAGAAGCCAGUGGACAGACCGACUCCAACACUUGUCCAACAACCUCCACAACAGAAGACUCUACAACAACAAGGACAGCCUCCGCAGCCCUCAGCAGAGGCACCAAAAUCAGAGCCUGAUAUAUCAAUAGUUGAAGCUGCUACAGCAGCAGACACUCAAAAUCCGGCAAACCCAGUGCCUGCUCAGAAGGCUCCACUGGAGAACCGGAGGACAUCAGAACCUCAUAAACCACCACAGCAGCCCAGCCCUGGGCGUAGGGAGAGUAGUGCCUUCCCAGCCACAAAGCAAACCCCAAGCAGGAAUCAGGAGGCUUAUUUGGCUUUGGAGCUCUGCCUCCACUUUGAUAACAUCAGUUGUUCAGGACGAGCCCCGGACCACACCGCCAGCUUCCCCCAAGAUGUCUGCACUGGCCCAGACCUCCCCAAGAUGCCCCCUGCAAAGGAGACCAAACUACCUGCUGCUCAGAAAGCAGAGGAGAAGAAAGCAGCGCAUCCCCAGAAGGCCAAUGUCCCCCCAUCAGUACAUGCCAAAGUGGACAAACCCCCAUCAGCUCCUCCAAAGGGAGCAGCAUCCUCACAACCAGCACCCAAAGCAGGCCAAUCUACCUGUCCACUCUGCAAGGUGGAACUCAACAAGGGCUCCAAGGACCCUCCCAACUACAACACCUGCACAGAAUGCAAGAACACUGUCUGCAACCUCUGUGGAUUUAACCCCAUGCCACAUGAAACAGUGAAGGAAUGGCUCUGUCUGACCUGCCAGAUGCAGAGAGCACUUGGAGCAGUGGAACCCCAGGACCUCCCAUGA